AGCAUCUUAUUUCUGCCCACACUUGCCAGUAAGAGAGGAGAGGAUGUUUGGAGUUCAUCUUCUCUAGAGUCAGCUAAUGCAUUGUGUUGUGCCUGCAACCACGCAGUGGUGACAUCAUUACUUCUGCGCUGUAUUGUGUGAAACUCUCUGGAAGGGAGACUAGGAAUCUGGAACAGGAUUUUCUUCACUGUGGCAGAGAUGGAUCGUGAAGGUUUGCAUGGACUGCCUAUUAUAAACAAUUACCUGGAUGGGACCCAAAGAGGGGCUGUGGACUCUGUGAGUGGCAUGCACUUCAGGGGCAGCAAGAGAAAGGUUGACUAUGUUUUAGCCUACCACUACCGAAAACGCCUUGCCCAGCACCAGCAAGGGACCAGCUCACCAGUUUUUUCAAAUGGAGAGACCAGGAAGGGUCACCUUGAGCUGCAGCCAGACAGUGGCCAGCACAUCCCGCAGGAGCCGCUGGGGGCUCAGGUGAUUGAGCUGGGCCCACUGGAUGCACUGGAGGAAGAGAAGCAGCUGCAGAGGGAGGAGUAUGAACGCAACCUGGUGGCAGCAGGGCUAGAGAUUGAGAAAGAUGCUGAGAAUAAGAGCCAAGGAUUGAGCUUUGUCCGUAUCCAUGCACCUUGGCAAGUACUUAGCCGAGAAGCAGAGCUCCAUAAAAUAAAAAUGCCUACUAAAAAGAUGUAUGAAAUCAAAGAAGAAGGAGGAAUUCUCAAAAAGUUAAAUGAAAUAUGGUGCAAAUUGACUGAACCUCUGCAACCCAGGUCCACAAGAAAAUACCAAGAUGAAAAGCCUGUCUUAACCCCAUUUUCCAGAGAGAAAAUGUAUUUGUAUAACAUUAGAGACAAAGACACAUUUUUUGACAAUGCUACCCGCAGCCGAAUAGUACGCGAAAUUUUGAAGCGCACAUCUACAAAGGCCAGAAACAGCAUGGGUAUUAGCACAUUAAUAGCAAACAAUGUUUAUGAUGCAGCAUACCCACUUCAUGAUGGUGAAUAUGAAGGCCAAAAGGAUGACAUGAAUGAAAGACAGUUGCUGUAUCAAGAAUGGGCAAGAUAUGGAGUAUUUUACAAGUUUCAGCCUAUUGACCUCAUAAGGAAGUAUUUUGGAGAACAGAUAGGACUUUAUUUUGCAUGGCUGGGCUUAUACACAGAAUUCCUCAUUCCGUCUUCAGUAGUUGGGAUUUUUGUAUUUCUUUACGGAUGUAUAACCAUAGAGAGUGACAUUCCUAGUAAAGAAAUGUGUGACCAACGUAAUGCCUUCACCAUGUGCCCUCUGUGUGACAAGUUCUGUGAUUACUGGAAUCUCAGCUCUGCAUGUGCUACAGCUCGAGCUAGCCACUUAUUUGACAACCCUGCCACAGUCUUCUUCUCCAUCUUCAUGGCUCUCUGGGCUACUAUGUUCCUUGAACAGUGGAAGCGUUUACAGAUGAGACUGAGUUACUUCUGGGAUCUAACUGGACUGGAGGAAGAAGAGGAGCAUCCCAGACCAGAGUAUGAAACCAAAUUGCUACAGAAAAGGCUGAAAAAUAAAAGCUCGACAACGGAAGAUCCAAAUGAAAGUAGAACUACAGAUUGUAAUGAGGAGGAUGAAAAGGACAAGUUGACUUGGAAUGACCGUAUACCUGGAUAUGCAACAAACUGUGGACUGAUUUUAUUCAUGAUUAUGCUGACAUUUUCAGCAGUGUUUGGUGUGAUCGUAUACCGAAUUACUACAGCAGCAGCUUUGUCAUUCAGCACAAAUGAGACAACCAGGUCAAAUGUUCGAGUGACAGUGACCGCAACUGCUGUCAUCAUUAACCUCAUUGUGAUACUUAUACUUGAUGAAAUUUAUGGAGCUGUUGCCAAAUGGCUGACAGAAAUUGAGGUACCAAAAACAGAGAAAGCCUUUGAGGAGAGACAUUUGAAGGCAUUCUUAUUGAAGUUUGUGAAUUCAUAUGCACCAAUUUUUUAUGUUGCCUUUUUUAAAGGAAGAUUUGGCGUCCGUCCUGGUCAUUAUGUAUAUGUGUUUGAUGGUUAUCGAAUGGAAGAGUGUGCACCAGGAGGCUGUUUGAUGGAACUCUGUAUUCAGCUGAGCAUCAUUAUGCUUGGAAAACAACUGAUUCAAAACAAUCUGUUUGAAAUUGGAAUCCCGAAAUUAAAGAAGCUCUUCAGGAAGCUGAAGGAUGGAAGAACUGAACCAAAGGAAAUGAACAUCAGUCAGUCAAAGGACCCUCAGCAAUGGGAUCUUGACUACAGCUUGGAACCUUUCACUGGAUUGACUCCAGAAUACAUGGAAAUGAUUAUCCAGUUUGGCUUUGUCACACUCUUUGUUGCCUCCUUCCCUCUGGCACCACUCUUUGCUCUUCUGAACAACAUCAUAGAAGUCCGACUUGAUGCAAAAAAGUUUGUUACUGAACUAAGGAGGCCAGACACAGUAAGAGCAAAAGAUAUAGGAAUUUGGUAUAACAUUUUGAGUGGUAUUGGAAAGCUUUCAGUUAUCAUUAAUGCUUUUGUAAUUGCUGUCACAUCUGAUUUCAUUCCACGCCUUAUGUAUCAAUAUGCAUACAGUCAAAAUGGAACCAUGCAUGGCUUCGUCAAUCACACACUCUCAUACUUCAAUGUCAGUCAUCUCAAGGCUGGAACACAGCCAGAAAACUCCCUAUUUGCACAGGAUGUUUUAUUCUGCAGGUUUAAAGAUUACAGAGAACCACCUUGGUCCCCAAAUCAGUAUGAGUUUUCUAAACAGUACUGGGCGGUCUUAUCUGCUCGCCUGGCUUUUGUUAUUCUGUUUCAGAACUUAGUGAUGUUCCUCAGUGUUCUGGUUGACUGGAUGAUACCUGACAUCCCCAAGGACAUCAGCGAACAGAAAAAGGAGAAAAGUGUGCUAGUUGACUUUUUCUUGAAGGAAGAACAUGAAAAACUGAAACUGAUUGAAAGCUUUAUCACACGUGACAAGCAUAAACACAGAAGUGGGACCAAAGACCAAAGAAGCCGAGCUGCCAGCUUCUGUCAGUUUAACCAAAGUCAGAAAGGCAGCGUUGCCUCCUUUAGCUCACAGCAUACAGAAGUGUGAAUCCAUAGGGAAGGAUAACAUGUUAUGCUUACCUCUGCAAUACUUAUUUACUGUGUGAUGUGAUUCCAACAUGAGCAAGGGAAGGAGAGACAGUCAAGGAAGAGACGUAACAAAAAAGAGGCUUCUUUUUCUUCCUUAAAAACUUCAUAUAUGUGUCUCUGUUACGUUUUGUAUGCCAUCCGGGCUACAUGAUUUUCAGAGUUUACUGGUACGGGGUAUGGGUUAUGUUGUAACUGGUCCUUGUGGUGAUGCCUGUGAGCUGGGUAGGCAAGCAGAAAUGCUCCUCACUUGUGCAGUCUCAGCAGAAAGAUCUCAGCAGAAGGACCCUGUGGGGCAUGGGGAAUAGAGUGGAAACUUCUGCCCUAAUAUCUGUCUUGGGUGGAUUUGAUCAACCCUAACAAAGUGCACACAACGCAUGGUCUUAUGGUUUGUAGCUGCCACCAUAUGGUUGAUAAACAUGUUGAGUCUCAGGGAGUCAUUAUGCCUUCCUAACGUAUACUGCUACUUGGUGCUGUGUUGGUAGAGCAUGAGGGUCUGCUGUUAAGGGGAUGGAGCUGUGAGAA